GUUUUCAGCGUCGCUCUUUUCACAUUCUCUAUCUUUUUGGCACUCCAAGUGUUUGAUGAAUUGCCUAAGCGGUGGUGAAGUAGCUGUGGUCUGAGCUUAUUAAUUAUCUGGAGGAUUAUAUGGCUUUACCUUUCAUAGCUGAAUUGGCGGCGUCGGCGAUCAUCGAGGAUUAUGGCUUGACCUGCAAGUCUUCUUGACGAAACACUUCCAUUUCAUUUCCUCCCCUCUUCGGAGAAGCAUUCAAGAAAUUACUCCUCCCCAGUUUUUCCUUUUUGGAUCGAGUUUCAUCAAUUGCGCGCCUGAGCAGUGGUGAAGUCGAUCAUGGCUCUACCUUUCAUAGCCGGAGCGGUGGGGACGGCGAUCAUCGAGAAGCUCGUUGAUACAUGCUUUUCCUACCUUGAGGUGGUGUACCCGGCGCCCAGCGGCAUGCAGGACGAGCUCGAACGGCUACAGCACGCACUUCCGCAGGUCCUGGCAGUCUUGACUGCGGUCGAGGGCGGUGCGCCGGACAUGGUGGAGAACAAGGCGCUGGAUGCGUGGCUGUGGCAGUUUAGAGACGCUGUGGAGAACGCGGAGGACGUGCUCGACGAGUUGGAGUACUACAAGCUAAAGAAGACUAGAGAGGAGGCUCGAGAUGGCGAGGUGCGUGGUUUUCUAUCUAACUUCAAGAGAAAGUUUAAUAGUAGUCUCUCUGAUUUCUUUAGCAAUGACACACGGAAGCGGUUGAGGGAGGCCGUCAAGGGGUUGGAUAGGGUCGUUGCCGAUAUGGGGCCAUUCCUUCAACUUGUUACUGGGUUUUAUGGCCCUAGUGUCAAGCGUCAGCAGCUCGAAGAUAUCAUAAAAGCUCGACAGACUAGCUCCUUGCUAACCGAAAGUGAGGUGCUCGGACGAGACAAGGAGAGGGACCAGAUAGUUGAAUGGCUGAUCAAACCGGGAGAUGUUAAUGUUGAUGUCUCCGCUUAUACAAUUGUUGGCAUGGGUGGGCUCGGGAAGACUACUCUUGCUCAACUAAUCUGUCGUGACGAAAGAGUGCGAGAGUACUUCGACCCGAUUAUGUGGGUUUGCGUUUCUUUGGACUUUGAUGCAGCUGCGAUAACAAGAAAGAUGUUAGACUACUCUUGCUCAACUAGUUUAAAUGCUCUCCAUGAGGAUCUUAAACAAAAACUUACAUCAAAAAGGUUUUUGCUCAUACUGGAUGAUGUUUGGAACGAUGAUAAAAUGACGGAGUGGGAGAAAUUGGUUGCUCCUUUGAAAUUCGGACAGAGAGGAAGCAAGAUCUUGUUGACAACUCGAAUGGGUUCAGUUGCAGAUAUGGCGGCAACAGUGACGAAAUGCAAACGGGAAUCAUUAAAUCUAAAUGAGUUGAAGGAGAGCGACUAUAUGUCGCUUUUCAAUAAGCAUGCAUUUCUCGGUGUGAACCCUGAUGAUUAUAGAAACUUUCAACCGAUUAGCGAACAUAUAGCGAAGAAGCUUGGAGGAUGGCCAUUGGCCAUAAAGGUCAUGGGAGGAAUGCUGAACUCCUACAUGGACUAUGAAUAUUGGAAGAAAAUCCUGGAAAAAGGCAACAUGAAAUUACAACAAGGAAACGACGACAACAUGACAGUUUUAAGAUUAAGCUACGAUCACUUACCUACAAACUUACAACUCUGCUUUAGAUAUUGCAGUUUGUUUCCGCAGAAUCAUAUGUUUAAGAGAAAAAAGUUGGUCAAUAUGUGGAUUGGUUCGGGUCUGAUUCCGCAAUCUAUAUGUGGAAGGCAAAGGCCAGAGGAUAUCGGAAAGGAGUAUUUAAAUCUUCUGACAAGAAAAUCAUUCUUUACUUGCAAAACCAGUGAUAAUGGGUCGAAAAUUAUUAUAGAGUAUUUUAUGCACGAUCUGCUGCAUGACCUAGCACGAUCAGUUUCUCAAGGAGAAUGCAUCAGAAUAGGAGGUGAUGUUGCAAGAAUUACUAAUAUUCCACGAACAAUUCGACAUUUAUCUGUUGAAAUAGUCAAGCUUCUAUCCAUCGGAGAGAUCUCCGCUCUUAAGAACUUACGCUCUCUUGUCAUAUCGGGUAAAGGGUAUAAUAUGGAUAAUGCAGAUUAUGUAUCUGAAUUUAUCGAGGUUAUAAAAGGGUUUAAAAAGUUACGCCUAUUGAGCUUAUGCAAGAAUUUUGAUUUUAGUAAAUCACCUGAUGCAUUUGAUAGCUUGAUACACCUCCGCUACCUAUCACUUCCACGACAGUUCAUUCUGAACAAAAAUAUUGAAUAUGAUGGCAUGACCAACUUGGUCAAUUUGCGUUCAUUUGAUGUUUCCGAUGAUGUGAUAAAAAAUAUUCCUUAUAUUAGAAAAUUACCCUUCAUUCACAAAUUACAAAAUUUUAUUGUCCAAGCGAAGAGUGGUUACAAAAUUGGUGAACUAAAGAACCUAAGGGACCUUCGUCAUCUAUAUAUUAGAGGACUUGAAAAUGUGAGGACUUCUGAAGAAGCCAAUGAGGCCAAGUUGAAUGAGAAAGAACAUCUCAAAUCAUUGUCAUUGAAAUGGUCCGCACACUGCUCCAAUAGUGCAGAGGCAGAUGAACAGCUCCUCGAUAACCUCUGCCCGCAUAAAAAUCUCAAGAAAAUGUGCAUCCAACAAUACCAAGGUGCUAAAUCUCCAUGUUGGAUGACAAAUCUGUCUCUUGUCAACUUGACGUCCAUCGAACUGAUUGAUUGUAAAGGAUGGGAGCACCUUCCACCUCUUGGGCAGUUUACUUCACUUCAAUAUCUUCAUUUGAAGAGACUGCAUGCAAUAAAGCAAAUAGAUUGUUCAUUCAUCAGAAGCAGCAGUGGAUGUGCCUUUCCAUUGUUGAAGGAGUUACAGUUAUGGGGCAUGCCUAAUUUGGAGGAGUGGAUUGGAGUAGAUAAUGGGUGCAUGUUUCCUCAACUUCAUUAUAUGUAUAUCACCGACUGCCCUAAUUUGGGGGAAAUUCCUAUUCUGCCUUAUAGUCUAAGACGAUUGCAAAUUUCAAAUGUUGGCUUGACCGCUCUUCCAACAAUAAAUCGGAAUUACACAGACAACAAUCAGCAAGAACAUUUUCCAGCUCUUGAAAGCUUAGUCAUCAAACAAUGUGAGAAGCUUGAAUAUGUUCCAACAGAGUUUUUUCAGAAAUUCGACACCCACACAGUGCUAUAUGUAGAAAAGUGCCCGCAGUUGACAAAACAUCUGAUCUCAGUCUUCUCAGACAUCCAACAGCCCUCUAUACUCAAUUGUCUCACUGUUGGGUCAUGUGGCGACCUUGAGGUGCCAUUGCUCCAGUUAUUACCAAAUUUAACCUCUCUUUUCUAUUUGGUAUUAGUCGAUUGCGCAAGCAUAACAUCCCUUCCCCCAGCACAAGCGUGUGCACGGUGGACAAUGCUUUCCAUUUUAGUGAUAAAGAACUGCAAAGAGCUGUCAUCAAUUGGUGGAAUACAAGCUCUCGUAUCCCUCCGUUAUUUAAAAAUUGAAGGGUGCGACAAGCUGAUUGAAUUUGCCCUGCUGCUACAGCCUCCGUUCCCAAAUGAUGCCGGCCAAAAAGAGGAUGCAGCGGACUGCCUUUUGAAGGAUGGCGAGCUAUCAAUUGACCACCACGCGCUCCUGCUCAUGGAGCCAUUGAGAAGUCUCUCCUCCAUCAACGAGUUGACUCUCUUUGAUGCUUUACUCACCUCCUUACCUGAGGAAUGGCUACUGCAAAAUCACGCUGCCCUCAAAUUUUUGAGCAUAUGGAAUGCAGUCUCCCUUCAGUCCCUCCCCCAGAGCAUGACAAAACUGCGCUCCCUUGAGCGUCUCAAAGUAAAUGAUGCUAAUCUCAUCCAGUCUCUCCCAAAUCUGCCUACUUCACUGCGUUAUCUAUGGAUCCUUGAGUGUCACCCUGUGUUGAAGGAGCGAUGCCAAGAGAAUGUUGGCCUUGAUUGGCCCAAGAUUGCCCACAUCCCUAACGUGUGGAUUGAACAGUUGCAGAGUGACGAUGACGAAAUUGAUUCGAUUUUCUGAAGAAUACAGCGGCAGUCAGGUUGUAUCGAUAUCUGGAGUAAAUUUGGUGGAUGCUUUUGUGAUAAUGCAUCAUAAGAGGAAAAUGAAGGCAAUGCUGAGCAGGCAUCAACAUGCAACCGCAUCCUGCAGUAUCUUACAUUUACGUUCUUUACAUUUUUUAAGCAAACUUUAGAUUCAUUUCACAUGAUUGCACGAAAAGACCGAAGUGUUACUGCUUAUGUUCUAUGUUUGGUGGUACAAGAACCAAUUAAAGACUCUUAUCGAUUUCUCUAUAUAUAGGAAUGUAACAAGACCAAAAGAAACUGCCUAUGUAUUUGUAUUUUCUUUUUGUUCUCGGUGGUGUAUGAAUUAAAAAACCCUCUGUUAUUAUAGCCUAUGGAUUUCGUCCUUGUUAUGAAGGAUGGUUAAAGUUUUA